AUGGAUCAACAUAUUAUCCAUCAAGUGGACAAAAAGCAGCUUCAAGAGGCAUUGAGCCUUGACAAGCUAAGUGUGCUGUCAAGCUCAAUGGCCGAGGUGCUCUUCGACAGCUUCGACGCUCCGUACGCGAAGAAAACAGACGCAUACAAGGAGGCUGUUGGCAAUAGCGCGACAUCCAGUGCCCCUCGCUCUUCUCCUUCGCUUACAGUUGGUCUCAAUGCCCAAGUGGUGUCAAGCUCAGGUGGUAAUUGCGGAUUCGAUCGUGCUUUCUCGCCGCUUGACAUUAAUAUAGAGCACCCCAGGCAUCAGGCCGAGAAGUCGUUACCCCAUCAGUCUAUUACCGCGAAAGCCCCAAGGCAGCAUACCGAGCCUCCCAGGUCGUCCACUUUGAGCAAGUCGAAGCGGCAAUGGGCCCUCGUCAACGGAGGCAAAUCUUUGCUCAGCCCCGCAGGCGAAGUCAUCGAAGUAGUCACUUCCUUCACCCAACCGUCUGCUUUCAACUCGUCUCCGAACGCCUCAUCUUUCCAGCCUGGCCAGCUCCACUGUCCAUGUUGCCACCACCACCACAGCCUUCGUCAGCCUGUGUCCCAAGAUCACGAGUUGCCCAAGUUUCAACCCGCGGUGGGCAACUCCCUUGGUCUUUCAAAUGUCGGUUCCGCCGAUUUUUGUCCCGACACCGCCGCCGCUUUGUCGAGUCCGCCAAAGCAAGCAAAAGCGGCGCGUUCUGAGAGCUUUUUGUCUCAACAGACCUUCCCCGCGCAUCUCUUUGCAUCGCCCGGUGGCCUCCGAAGCGACCAGUGGCAAAGCCCCCAGCUGAAUAUCCUGCGGCAUUCAGGCAAAUACAAAACAGAGCUAUGCCGCUCUUGGGAGGAAGUAGGAAGCUGCAGCUACGGCUUGAAAUGCCAAUACGCACAUGGGCCCGGUGAGCUCCGACGGGUCGAACGGCACCCCAUGUACAAGACGCAGAUGUGCAAGGCCUUCGUCACCACAGGCCAGUGCUCUUACGGAAAGCGUUGCACGUUUCUCCACUCGCCCGACGAGAAGAUCGAGGAGCCCGUACCGUGCGAUGUCACCAGGACGCCCCUCAUCUCCCGUGUUGGGCUCCCUCAAGCUUCGUCUCCUUUUGCGAAGAACGAGCCGACCCUGUCAGCCAUGGAGUAUGACGAGGUCAUGGCUUUCAUCAACGUGCUUCAGGGCAAGGUCCUUCGCAAUGCGCCGAAGAAGGUGUUCGACAGCCUCGUUGACUCGCCUAUCGCCAGCCACACUACGAAUCUUUGGGAAUCUUCACCCAUGUCCUUCAGCAGCAGCAGCGCCUCGUCGCCUGUAACGAGCCUGUCGAGCCUUUCACCCCACGAGCGCCCCGACUCAACGACGAUGGCGCUCUUUGAUUUCGACGAAGACGACGACGACGAAGACAGUGCUGCAAUUUCACCUCUCCGGCAACAACAAAGCUCACACUUCCGCGCCAUGCCCCGCGCUUGAAGUUGAGGUCAUCGUCAUACCUUUUUCUUUAC